AUGCUGGACGAGUCGCACAUCACGGAGGUGAGCGAGGGCGCGCGCGUCAGAGCGCGCGCCGAGCGCCAGCUCAGGUCGAUGCUGCACGAGGAACCGUCGACGCACGACGCGCCCGAGGAGGCUCGAGCACCGGAGUCCUCGCCGCCGCAUCCCAUCGCGCGCGCCAGGCAGCUCGGCCACGAUAAACUCCGCGCGAUCGACGCCGCGAUGGAUUACAUCGACCGCGCGGCGAAGGGAGGGGGAGGCGCCGCGAACGAGAAGGAGAACGCGGACGAAAACAGAGCCUCGGAGACGACCGCGGUGAACGCCAGCCCCGCGAAGCAGGCAUCGGCGGAAGACGGCGGCGUUCGGCGAUCGCGCUCCGGCAGGCGAUCCGCAAAAUCGUCGCAGGAGGUUGACGUGGAGAAGUGGCGCGCCAUCCAGACGUGGGCGAGCGUCGACAGCGUCGCCGCGUCGAUGGAGGCUGCGAACGGGCGACCGUCCGCGUUUCGAAAGUUCGAACCCUCGUCGUCGCGCCAUUCGCCCUCGUUUGCGGUCGGGGACGCGUCGGAGCUUCCGGAGGAUACCACCGCCGCGGACGACGUGAUGUCCUCCCGACACCUCCUCUCCUCCGUCGGUGAUCCCACGCCCGCCAAGAGCGCCGGCGGGCGCGGCGGCGGCGACCCGCUUCAUCACAACCUCCCCGACACCCUCUCGCCCAUCACGCAAGUCGCGGAGCCCCCCGUGCACGACGACCUGGCCAACGUGCAACCCGCCAUCGUCGGCGCCGGCGACGUCGGCGACCGACACCGCCGCCACCGCGCAUCCGCGUCGAAGCAGCUCGCGAGGCAGCGCAGGCUCGACGCCGAGGACUUAGGGGGCGACGCACAGCUGUGCGCCGCGAGCGACGAGACGCCGGCGUCGAAGCACCCCGCGUGGGCCACCCCGGGCCCGAACGGAGACGGAACGCAGCUGUGCGGCACCCGGGACGAGGAACGCGUCCGUGUCGUCGCGCCAACGCCGCCACGAGUCUCCGGCGUCGUCCCGUCGACCGACGCGGCCGCCGCGCAAACGGCGCUCGAUCUGGAGGUGACCCGCCGCCGCGAGCGGGAGGCGCGCGCGGCGAUGGAGAAGAUGGAGCGCGCCAUCGAAACGCUCAAGGCGGAGCGCGACGACGCGGUCGAGCGCGCCAUGCGCGCGAGCGUCGCGGCCGACUCCGCGCGCGCCGCGAGGGAUUCCGCGCUGAGCGAUUCACAAAGUUCCUCGGCCGAGACGGUUCGGCUGCGUAAGAAGGUUGCGGAUGCCGCGGCGAGGCUCAAAGAGGACGACCGCGAGCUCGCCAGGCUCCGCGAUCUCCUCGCGCAGCAGGCUGCCGCCGCCGAGGACGCCGCGGGCGCCAUGUCCGCGGACGUCGCCGCGGCGAAGGCCGCGAGGGAGGCGAGCCGGAGGGAUUUGGAAGACGCCGAGGCGCGAAGGCUAGCCGCGGAUCGCGCCCUGGCGGAGCUCAAGGAGACGCACCGAACGUUCGUCGCGGACGCGGGGGACCAGCUGGAUCACCUCACGUCGCAGGUGGCGGUGCUCAAGGCUAGGCUCUCGGCGCAGGACGCCCGCGAGGCGAUGAUCGCGGACCAGGAGGCGCAAAUCGAAGACCUGCGGCGCCGACUGGACACGGCGUGCGCGGGGCUUGAGGGCCCCGUGGUGAGCGCGCUUCGCAGGGCGAGGGCGACGCUUCGCAACGCCACGUCCGAGACCGGACCGGGUUUCGCCGCCGAGCACGACGAAUCGUUCCGGGCUUUCGCCGGCGAAAACCCGGAAAGAGACGAAGGCCCGGGCGGCGGCUUGGACUUGGACAAAGCCGCCAAGGAGAGGCUCGAAGCCACGCCGAUGCUCGCGUCGCAGGCGACGAAGCUCGCCGCCGACGUCGAGCGCGCCGCCGACCUACUCGCCUCGCGGCUGUGCGAGACGCGCGAUAAAGCGGACGAUUUAAGGCGCAGGUGCGACGCCGCGACGGAGUUUGAACACGGAGCAGAAGCUUUACGCGACGCGUACGUUAAAUCGACAAAGGAGUGCGAACGACUCGCGAAGGAGCUGGCGUCGCUGACGGAAGCCAACGAGCUGGCGCGACAAUCGGCGACGGACGCGGACGACCUCGCGUCGGCGGCGAUGGAGGCGCGCGACAGGGCCGAGACGGCGGCGAAGGCGGCGAGGGAAAACGCCGAAUCGACAGUCGAGCGAGCGGAGGCGCUCAGGGCUCGCGCGGAGGCGCGCGCGGCCAAGGCUGAGCUGCUGGCGAGCGCCGCGCGGGAGGCGCAGGCCGAGGCGGAGGCGGAGGCGGCGCAGGCGACGGCGGCGCUAGACGCGGCGCGGCGGCGGGAAGCUAGCGCGGCGGCGGCGGCGGCUCGCGCCACCGACGAAAUCGUCGCCAAGGAAGCCGCCGCCGCCGCCGCGGUCUCGUCCGCGGAGGAGCUCACCGCCAUCGUCACCUCGCUCAAGACGCAGGUGGCGACACUGAAGACGUCGCUCACGUCGGCGGAGACGAAGGCGAAGGCGGCGGAGGGGGACGCGAACGCGGCGAGGGACGAGUGCGAACGAGCGUUGAGGCGAGCCGAAGACGCGGAGACUGCGGCGGCGACGUACAAGAUCCGCGCGGACUCGGCCGACGCCGACGUGGAGGUGAAAUCCGAGCGCAUCCGCGAGCUGCGAGCGGCGGUGGCGGACGCGCUCGGCACCCGCGCCGACGACGAGGACACCGUCGCGAAGCUCAACGAGGAGCUGCUCGCUAUUGGCGAAAAAUACGCCGCCGCUCGGGAGGAGGCGAAGGCGAACAAAGACGCUCUAGCGGACGCCGUUAAACGCGUCGAGUCCCUCGAGGACGAGAUCGCGGCCGCGCGUCUUUUGGCGGAGAGCGCGACGGACGACGCCGUCGACGCGGCGGGCGAAUACUUUGCCGCGUACGCCGAGGAGACCCAGGACCUGGUCCACUUCCUCUACGACGGCGCCGAGAAGGUCAACGCCGAGGUGGCGUCGGCGAAGAAAAGGGAGGGUGAGUUCCGCAGGGCGUUCGCGGCGGUGCUCGCGGCUUUGGACAGCGCCGUCGCGGGGGCGUACGCCCCGGAGACGCGAGCGGACGCGAACGACUCUCCCCCGGUGCCGAACUUCGAAUCACUCGCGCCCGCUCGGCUGGCGCCGCCCACGGGGAAAACGCUGGACCACGGGCUCCUGGGCGUCCAAUCGCGGGACGACACGUCGGAUGCGGCGGAGGACGCGCCGGCGAUGCCCCGGUCCGAGGGGGAUCACACGGAAGCGAACGGCGAGGUCGACGGCUCGAACCCGCGCGCGCUCGCCGCGGACGAAGUCGCGCCCGCCGCGGAGGCUCGCGGGACGUGGGCGGCGAAGCAACUCUCCGCGAGGGUUCACGCGGUGGUGUACGAGCGGACGGUGGCACUCACGACCGUUACGACCGUUACGACGCAGCUGGCGGCCGCGAAGGAAGCCGCCUCGAACGCCGAAGCCGCCGCGUCCGCGUCCGGUGCCGAGCUGGCGUCGCUGAGGAGUGAGCUGGCAUCGGCUGAGAAGCGCGCGGCGGAGCUUGGCGAAGUCGCCGCCGCCGCCAAGUCCGAAGCGGCUCGAUUGGCGACGGAGGCUAAGGAACUCAGGCGCUCCGCGGAGGAUGCGGAAACGAAGGAACGGGCCAUCGUCGCGCGAGACGCGUCGAACGCGCUCGUCGCGGCGGACGAGCGUUCAGCGGACCUCCAAUCGCGCCUCGACGCCGCCGAGGAACGCGCGUUGUCCGCCGCCGCCGAGGCUGACGCGGCGGCGGCGCGAGCCGAGGAGGCGGCGACGGCAGCCGCGGACGCCGAGGCGGCGGCCGCCGAGGCGGACGGGCAGCUCGCGCAACUCGCGGAGGAGUCGGAGCGGCUCGCCGGCGCGCUCAUCGAGUCGGAGACGUCCGCGGCGCAGUACCAGCGCGCGGCGAUGGAGGCUGAACGGAGAACGGAUGAGCUCUACUCGGACCUCGCCGCGCUUCGAGCCUUUGUAGACGUGGGCGUCUCGGUGGCUGAACCGGUGUUCCGCCGCGUCGACGCGCUCCGGCGCGAGAACCUGGCGCUCCGCGCGAGAGUUCCGAUGCUCGCCCAGCGAUGCGUCGGCGCGAGGGGCGCGCGGCUCAAGGCUCUUCGGGAGAGAAACUCGGCGGUUCGGGAGCGAAAAUCCUUCGCCGACGCGUACGAGCGAGGAAAGAAAAAGUACUACGAGUUGGAGGUUGCGUUCAACGAGACGCGCCUGGCGAUGCACGACGACCUGCGAAAGGAGAAGAAGAAGGCGGUGGACGCGCGGGACGUGGCGGACAAGGCGGCGGCUGAGCUGGACGCCAUCGUCAAGAAGCAAGAGCAGCUCAGGCGCGAGCUGAAGCUCUCGGUGGAUCGGCACAAGUCCGCCGCGAAGGAAUCGACGGCCAAGCUGAGAGACCUCGAGCAGAGGGUCGCCGAGGCGGAGUCCAAGCUCCGGGAGUCGCAGGUGGAUCGCGCGAAGAACUCGAGACGCGCAAAGGAGCUCGAGCAGCAGUGCGCCGUCUUGAAGAAAGCGGCCAAGGCUGCCGAAAAGUCCAGAGCCGGCGCCGCCGCCGAACUCUCCGCGAAGCGAGCGGAGCUCUCGGAAGCCGACGCGCGGUUAAAGAACGCCGAGGCGGCGGCGGCGGCGGCGGCGGCGGCGGCGCUAGCCUCCGCGCAGGGCGCCGAGACGCUGACCGCCAAGCUGGAGUCGCAGAAGCAGACUCUUCGCGAAGCAGACUCGAGCGACAGGGUGCGAGAGCUUCGCGAGGCUCUGACGGCGGCGCUGGAAGCCAAGGCUGCCGCCGAGGAGAAACUCGCGUCGGACGUCGCCGCGCUCGAGGCUGACGUCAGAGAACUCGUAUUCCUCGGUUCACACACGUCCACCGCGAAGAAAGGCAAAGAUGCUCGUUCGACGACGACGUCUUCGUUUGAGCUAGCUGAGACGCCGGCGUCGUCGCGAACGUCGAUGCCGUCGCCGACGCCCUCGGAGGACGCCGCGGUCGCGUUGUCGGCGAUUCACCCGCAGCGACUCGACCUCCUCGCGGGCUCCUCGGGCGGCGGGACGCCGAUGGAGGCGACGACAUCGAAGCCGUCGCGCCUCGCGGUGGUGGUGAGCGACGCCGACGCGGUGGAGAUUGAACCCACCACGCACGCGACCGCCGACGACGCGACCGACGACGCCGCCGUCAACGCCACUAACAACAACAACAACAACAACAACAACAACAACAACAACAACAACACUGUCGAUUUCACCGCGGAUAUGGCCGCGCUCGAGGAAGAGGCCGAGUCCCUCCGCGCAGAGGUUGAGGCCCUGCGCCUGGAAGUCGCGGGCGCUCGAGCGGAUGCCGCCGCGGACGCCCGACGCGCCGCCGUCCUGGAGGAGUCGAUGGCGUCGAUGAAGAGAGCCGCGGCUGAGGCGCAGUCGAUCGCGGGCGACAUCGACGACGAGACACAGCUGGCGACGCACGCGGCGAUUGAGGCGUCCGUGACGGACGCGAUCGGUCUCGCCGUCGACGUAGACGAGACCGAUGGCGACGCGGUAGACAGCGACGCGAACGACGGCGAGGAUCCCGGCCUGGAGUCGCCGGAGACGCCGAUUGGGGCGACGAUUGCGCGAGCCGGCACGCCGCCGCUACCCCCCGCGGCGGCGGACUCGCCGUCCAGGCGCGCACAGCUCAACGCCGCCGUGCACGCGCCGAACGCGCCCGUCUCCUCCGCUCCCCGGGCUCCGUCGCCGCUCGGGCUCAACGCCGUUCACGGCCCCGUCGCCACGGGGUCGUUGGCGGUGGAUCCCCGCGAGAGGCCGAGCCCGCCCGAGGAGGGCUCGCUCGCCGCCGCGCUCGAGCAGACGCUGCCCAUCAACGGCGGCGGCACGAACAAGAUGCCGUCCAGGAACUCGUCCGCGUGCGCCUCCGCCAACUCGCUCGCGUCCAUAGCGGAGGGUUCGUCGGGGGAAGAAGAAGACGCGGAAGGGGAGGAUGCCGACGCCGACGCGACGGAUGGAGAAGCGUCGGUCGAUUCGCCUUGCCCCGCGUUCAACGAUAUGGCAAAGGGCGGCGGCUUCGCCGAGCUCGAAACGGAGCUCGCGCUGCGCCGUAAGCUCGCCAGGGAGGCAUCGCGCAAGGCCCAGUUGCUGUCGCAGGAGUGCCAAACGCUCUCCGCCGCGCUGGAGGAGGCGAAGAGUGCCGCGUCGCGCUUCGAAAAGAGAGCGGCGGCGGCGGAGAAGAUCGCCGCAAACGCAAUAUCGCACGCGGAGACUGAGGAGGAGCGACACGCCGCGUGGACGGCGGAGUUGACUGAACGGUGCGAAGCCCUGUCGGAGGAGUUACACGCGGCGAAGGAGUCGCGCGACGCCGCGGUGAAGAAGGUUGAGGAGCUCGAGCUGAGGCUGGUGGAUAUCGCCUCCGACGGCGCCUCCGCGACGAACACCCGUCCCAACACGCCGAGCCCCGUCAAGGGCGAGAACGACCCGGCCGAGUUGGUAACGGUCGAAGAAACGGCCGAACCCGCGUCCGAGGUGUCCGAGGUGAGGCUCAGCAUCAACGUCGUCGACGUGGCGUCGCACGAGCGAGAGGACCAUCUGCUCGCGCGCGCCGAGCUCGCUGAAUCCGCCGUCGCGGAGCUCAGGGCGAAGCUCGAAUCCGCAAACGUCCGCGUCGCCGCCGCGGAGGACGAGCUCCGAGCGGCGAGGAAAACGGUCGAAGAAACGGCCAAAACGGUCCAAGAAACGGCCGAAGAAACGACCAAAACGACCGAAGAACUCAGAACGCGGGUCAACGCGCUGGACGCCGCGCUCGUCAACGCCAAGGACGAGGCGGACGCGUACCGAUCCGCACUCGCCGAUGCCGAAGCCAAACUGGUUUCGUCGGCGGAGGCCGAAAAGUUAAACCAUCAAUCCUUGGUUCGACGCGUCGACGCCGCCGAGAAGGACCUCGCGGAUGCCCUCGCCAGGUGCGCGGACAUGAGCGAGAGGCGAGACGCCGCGGAGUUGCGCGCGGCGAGCGCGGGAGCCGCGGCGGAUUCCGCCGCCGCCGCCGCCGCCGAGAGCCACGCCGCGAUGUUGGACGCCGAGCGAAGAGCCGAGGACGUCAAGAGGGAGAUGGAAGACGUCAAGAGGGGCGCCGAGGCCGAGGCGGACGCGCUGGGCGCGAGGCUCGAAGCCGCGCUCACCGAGCUCGCGGACGCCCGCGCGCUCGCGGUCGGUCUCGUCGGUUUCGCGAACGCCGACGACGACGGCCAUCCCGAUCCCGAAUCUUUCCCCAGCGACGCCGCCGAGGACGGAUCGGAGUCGGCCGAGGAAAAAGAUCCGGCGUCGCCCGGCGGAUCCGGGUCCGGCUCGAUCGUCGUCGCCGGCGCGCCCGCCGAACUCCUCGAGGAGCUCGUGCGCCGCCGCGUCAGGGAGGCGCAGCUCGAGGCUGACGCCGCGAAGCUCCGCGUGCAACUGGACGCGGCCGAGUCGAGGCUACGUCGGACACGCGCCGAGCUCGAGGAUUCGGCGGGAAAAAUCGCUUCGUCGCCCUCCGGCUCGGGCGCCGGUUCCGCGGCUGGCUCGGACGCGGACCCCGAGCUACCCGCGCUCGCGUCCGAGCUGGCCGAGUACAAGGCUAAGUGCGCGCACCUUCGAUCGAUGCUCGACGCGAAGGAGGAGGCGCUGGAGGAGGUUGAGCGUCGCGCCAGAUCCGCGGCGGAGGCGGCGGCUUCGUUCGCCGCGCUCUCCUCCGCCGAGACGCCGACGAGGUCCCCGCCCGUCGAGAAGAUCACGCAGGGUGCCGACCCGGGUGCCGACCAGGGUGCCGUGGACGCGGCCGUCGUGGAGGCUGCGGUGGAGAAGCGACUCGCCGCGGUGGGAUCCAUCAUCGAGACGUGGCGCCGAGCCGUCGAGGCUAAGGAGCUCGAGAUUGGCGCUCUCGCCGCCAGAAUCGACGAGCUCGAAGCCUCGGCUGCGAACCACGCGGAGAAUUCGGGGACGACGAACGGGGACGACGAACGAGCUCGGGCGCGGCUCGAUGCGGCGGAGCGCGAGGUUCGCGACGCCGCGGACAAGCUCGCCGCCGCGCUGCUCGCGUCGGAGGAUCCCGCCAGGACGGAUCUCGCGCCCAUCUCCAAGACGAAGAAGAUGCCUCUGGGCGUCGCCGCCGACGCCGCGGUGGCUCGCCUCGCCUACCUCGCCAAACGCGCCGAGGUUCACGAGUCUGAGACGCGCGGGCGAGAGGUGGACGCGCGGACGCACGAGGCGGCGAUGGCAAAGGCGGACGCGAGGCUCGCCGAGCUCGCGCGCGCGCUCAAGGAGAGCGCGGAAUCGGAAGGGAAAGCUCUCGCCGCCGCCGCGCAGUCGGAGGCGGCGAAGGCGAGCGCGGAGGCGGCGUUCGAGAAGUGCGUCGACGACCUUCGCGCCGCGGAGCGCACCGCGGAGGAGCUGAGGGCGCGCGUCGCAUCCGCGGGAGACUCGCGGGAGCGCGAUCAGGGUGGCCAGGCGCGGGCUCUGAUGCUCCAGGCGGAGUGCUCGGAACUUCGAGCCAAGGUUGAGAAACGAAACAGGGAGGUUCGCGAGCUGAACCAGAUGCUGAAGGCGUGGGAGGCGAUGCGCCACAGCAAGGACCAGCAGAUCGCGCAGCUCGUGGAGCGGUGCAGGAAGUUCGAGGAGGAGGCUGCGGACAAGGCGAGGGCCAUCGACGCCAUGCGGUCGAGGCUCGGCCGAGACGGGCAGCCGGGUGGUGCCUCGGUCGGAGCCGGCUCCGUCGGCUCGGUGUCGUUCAAUCGCACCCCGCGGCGGAGCCCCACCGGUACGUCCAUGCGCCUGUCGCCCUCGCCCGCGCCGUCGUCGGUGUCGUCGUUCGCCUUUGGCACCAGGGCGCCCUCCGGAGGCGCGGCGCCGUCGCCGGUGAACGUCGAUAAGGAAAACCCGGAACGUUUGCCUUCGGCGACGAAGAGGUUCGCGGCGAUGGCGGCGCUGGGCGGCGAGAGCCCGGGCCGGCCGGCCGGCGGGGGCGUGAAGGGAUCGAUCGACGCCGAGGUGUUCGCGCGGGUGGGCGGCGGCGUGGGCGCGAGCCCGAGGGGCGGAGUGCCGAGCCCGAAGCGCGCGCUGAGAACAAUAGGGAGAUGA